UGGGCGGCCUGAUCGAUGGGUGCAAUACAUGAUGAUACUUGCUAUGAUAUAUGCUGGAUGCAUGGUUUCUUCUUCAAUUGCAAUUGCAAUCCUAUCAAGCCGUCACUGCUCGAGCCUGGAUCGAGCUCGCCACGUCCUCUCCUGCCUCCAGGGAUCCAGGUCGCAUCGCCAUGGCUCAUCAUAAACAAUCACAGGGGACGGUGGCGAGGGCGGACGACUCCACCUCCAGUUUGCCGAUGGGAGACGAUGGCGGCCUUUCCAUGCUGGAACAUGGCGGCACAUUAUCAUUAUUAUCUGUAGCUGCAGAUGAUCAGGGGCAGGAGCAUCAAGAGGAAGAAGAAGUCGACCACAACGACACCUCCUCCUCGUCCUCGCCCACCGGGAAUAAGCAUAAGCAGACGAGCUGCCUUCUGCCAGCACGCAGCCUGAGAUCAACAGAUGAUGCAGCAAGUCAUAGCCAGCAAGCAGGCGGCGGUGUCCGGUCGCUGUCCUUGUCAAAGAUCUUGAGCUUCAGAAUGUGGGCGCCCGCCGGCGCAUCCCUGUCGAGCUCCAGCUCCACCUCCACCUUGGAGGAUUACAUUAUUGAUGAUGAUCAACAUCAACUCGAGCAUGAUGCUGGUGCUGCCAAGGAUAAGAACAAGGAGGAGGAGGAGGAGGAGGAGAAGCUGAAGCAGGUAUGCCGCUCGCAGUCCGUGCCCGCUACGAGCGUCGCCCGGCGAUUCAGCGGCACCGCAAAAGGAAAAGGGUCGAGGAGGGUGGCAGACUCCAGCUCCUCCCUCACGCGGCUCAGAGUGGUGCCGCUGCGUGUUCCUUCUCCUCCUCCUCCUCUAGAUCAGGCCACCACCGCCGGAGGAGAAGAGGAGGAAGAAGAACAGCAACAAGAAGAAGAGGACAUCGCGGCCGAGGAGGCGGUGUGCCGCAUCUGCAUGGUAGCCCUGUCCGAGGAGGCGGUGCUGAAGCUGGAGUGCUGCUGCAAGGGCGAGCUGGCCCUGGCGCACAGGGCCUGCGCCAUCAAGUGGUUCAGCAUCAAGGGCAACGGCACCUGCGACGUGUGCAGCCAGGAGGUGCUCAACCUUCCAGUCACCCUGCGACUGCGACGCCUCCCGGACGAGCCUGCAGCCCGUCGUCCACCAUCCGUCCUUCAGGCGGCGCUGGCGCUGGCUCAGGCGCAUGCGCAGAGCACUCCGCAAGGAGCUGAUGAUCCUAUUCCUACCGCAACCAGCAGAUACAGCAGCAGCUACAGGGUGUGGCACGGCACGCCAAUCCUCGUCAUCGUCAGCAUGCUCGCCUACUUCUGCUUCCUGGAACAGCUGCUGGUCGGCGACCAUGGCACGGCCGCUCUGGCCAUCUCCUUGCCCUUCGCCUGCGUCCUUGGCCUCUUCUCCUCCCUAACCACAACAAAGAUGGUGUCCAGGAGAUAUGUAUGGAUCUACUCUGCGGUGCAGUUCCUCUUCAUUGUGCUCUUCACGCACAUCUUCUACAGAUACGUGCGGAUGCAAGCCGUGAUCGCCAUCAUCCUGUCCACCUUCGCGGGCUUCAGCGUCGCCGUCUGCACCAACUCCGCCCUCCUCCAGAUUCUCAGAUGGAGGCCUAGACACGUUGUGGCAUCGCCCACCACAGCUCAGGGCCGCCAUGGUUCGUCCAGUUCCAGGGGGCCACCAGUGGCAAUGGCUGUGCCAGUGCCAAUGGCGGAGCCGGACCUUGAGAUCGCUAUGCCUCCUGCCCCUGCAUAGAGCGCUUAUAUAUAUAUCCAUUCCAGGGGAGUUCACUCCAGCUCCAGCUAGCAUUGUUUGUUUGUGUGUGUAUACAAUAGCUCCAGCUUUUGUUUUCCGUGACCUCCAUCUCCAUGUAUGAAUGGCCUAUAUAUGGUAUAUAAAUCCGAGCACCAUCUUUCUUUAAAACUGAAAGCAAAGCAAAACAGACGCAUAAAGGCAAAAAAAAA